AUGAAAUAACCUCUUUUGGAUGAUUAGAAUUCAAUGGAAUUUAGCAUUAGAGCAAGUACAAAUAAUAAAUCUUCAAUUUUGUAUGAUAUUCCGGCAAUCGCUUAAAUUUAACUUUUUGAUGUUAGUUAGGAUUUUGAUUCACUAUUUGAUAAAUGCCGCUGUUAGUAAAUAUUCUCUAAGCAAAUUAAAAUGUUCAAGGCAGAACCAAAAAGGAUGUUUUACUCUAGAAUAUUAAAUGCAAUUCCUGUUUUUUAUCCAGAAUCAAGCAGCUUAUUGAUUUGGCAAUUAAUUGUAGUAAUCAUAAUAUUCACGUACCUAUUUUACAUUCCUUUUAAAAUAGCUUUUACCGAUCAGAAGGAUGGUCUCAAUCCGAAUGACAUUUUUGGUGUGAAAUCCUAUUUGAUUUUUUCUAUCAUAAUGCUAGGGGUUGACCUUUUGGUAAGCUUUAAUACAGGUAUAAAAAAACAAGGAGAUGUGAUAUUGGAUCGUAGAGAGAUUGCUUAAAAAUAUGUGGUUUGGGAAUUCGAAUUAGAUUUGGUUGGAGUAAUAUCACUCAUGUUGUCAUUGAUACUCUAAAACGAUUAUAUUAGGAUUCUAUUCUAUUUGAGAUCUUAUUACGUCAUAAGAUUCAGUGAGAAGAUUGAUCAUUCCUUACAAUUGAGAAGCAAUUGGAAGGCAGCUUACACAGUAUUGAAAUUGAUAAUCGUUGUUUUGUUUGUCAAUCAUCUGAUGGCUUGUUUCUUCUUUGGAGUGUCUUACGAUGAAUAUCAGAGAGAUGAAGAAGGAAUUUUGAAUAUCCCAACCUGGAUUGAAUACAACGGAUACCUUGAGAAUGACUAAACCAUUCAGUCCUUAUCAUAUUGGUCAAGGUAUGUAAUUUCCUUUUAUUGGGCAACCACAACUGUUUCCACGGUUGGAUAUGGAGAUAUUACACCUAAGAACAGCUACGAAAUUGGGAUCACUCUCAUUACUAUGAUUAUUGCUGGAAUGGUUUUUGCAUUCAAUGUAGCCUCAAUUCGAGAAGUUAUCGUUGAUCUGAAUUCCCAGGAAAUCAGAUACAAUAGUUAUGAAGCAGUUAUCAAUCGUUAUAUGAAGAUCAAAAACAUUUCAGUGUAAACUCAAGCUAGAAUUAUAGAUUAUUAUCAAUAUAUAUGGUAAGAUGAGAAGAACAGGAACAGACCCAUUGAACAAUUCCUCAUCUCUCGACUGGCUCCUGAGUUAAGAUAACAAUUGUAAUAUGAGACUCAUAUCAAUUUUGUUAAAUGCUAAAUAUUCUUGAAUCUUGAUUUCUCUGAAAUGUUCAUUCGUUCCCUUGUUUAAUAUAUGCAAGAGGAGAGUUAUGGACCCGGAGAAAAUAUUCACUUUAAUCUCCUACAUCCUCAUCUGAUGUUUCUAUAGAAUGGAGAAAUUUUGAUUUAUGUGGAUACUGCUCAUACUUUUAUUAAUAUUAAGACUAAAAUUGACUUAGUGAAAUCUGGAUAAUGUCUCGGCCAAUUAUCUUUUUUUACAGAAUAAAGAUUUCCUUACAAAGCAGAAACCUUAUCCUGUUGUAAUAUGUAUAAAUUAUCAAAAACUGAUUUCUUGAAUGAAAUUAUCAAUUUCCCCAAAGAUUUUGAAAUUUAUCAUUCUCUUAUUUCCUAAUAAUACAAGGAUCAAUAAAAACUUUUUAAUCAAUUAGAUUUAAAAUGCUUCACCUGUCAAUCUGACAACCAUUUAGCAGAUUAAUGUGAACUCACUCAUUAUUAUCCAAAAUAUAUAUUGGCUCACAUCAAAGUCAAGGAUGAUUAAUAGAAAAGAGAUAAUUUUUAAAGGAAAAAACGCUAAUAAUAAAAUUCAGUUUUCAUCUCUAAAAAAGUUUAACUCUCUAUUUUUGAAUAUAAUGUUAGGAUAAGAUAGUUAAAGCGAAUUUUUAUGAAAUAAUUAAUCUAAUUUGAAAUGAUAGAGGAAAUAGAAGAAGAAGAAAACUAAGAAUAAUAUUAUGAUGAUAUUGGUGAAAUUAAAAGUAUGAUCAGCUUAAUCAUGAAUAAUAUUGGUAUCAAAUAAUAGUAACCUUUCAAACCACAUAAUGUGUUCAUUCCAUAAAAACCUAAAUUUGAUCCUUAUGAAACUUCAUUUGAUAUAGAUUUAGUUAAGAAUUACGAACACUUUUAUCCUAAAUACAAUCUAGAUAAUAUUAUCAACAGGUUGUUCUGA